AUUCAGUUUUGUAGUUUUGUUUUUGUCCCUUAAUCCAACUCUGCCUUCUCUCUGCAAAACCCAACCGACUAGUUUUCCUUCUCCUCCCCCCUCUCUUGCCAGAUCUAGAUUGUUUUCUGAUCUGGAUCUCUGGUUUGAGAGUUGGGGGAGCGAUUAAUCUUCCAUUUUUCUUCUUCUAGAGGGUUUUUGUAUCUCUCUUUGGGUUUGUUUUUUUUCGUUUUCUUUCCGUCUACCAUCUUGGGUAGUUUUGCUCGAAGCUCGUCUCCGUUUCUUGGCAGAUUUGGUUCGAUGUUUUGAAAGUGAUGUUUGCAUUAACCUCUGGAAAUCUGAUGGUUGGAACAUCGAAUUAGAUAUGGGUCCUUCCUUUGCACUUUCAAUUUUGUCGAAUUUGGUUGAUCAGCUACUCUGCAGUGGUGCGGAGGUCUCAUUCUUCUUGUCAGCUGUUGCAGAUCAUCCGGAUUGGUUCUCAAUGGAGAUUCAUCAUGGAGGCAGGUUCUAUAGGUUGGGUAGUGGUAGUAGGCAGUACAAGGGAGGUGAGGUAGUGUAUGUUGAUAGAUUAGAUCCUGAUAAGAUUUCCUAGCCAGAUUUGAAUAUCUAUGCUGAAGACUUGGGUUAUAGAGAACCCCCAAUUAUGUAUUGGUUUUUGUUACCUGGAAGUAUUCAGGGAGAAGGUUGGUUACCAAUAUGUGAAGACAAAGAUGUGUUAGAUAUGUUGAAGUUUAUGCCAAGUAAUCGGAUAUUGCAGAUUUACAUUGUUGGGGGAGGUGUAAGAAAAAAAAAGGAAGCUGAGUUAGAGGAUGAGGGUGGGGGUUCUCCUAAAGAAGUUGAUCACCAAAAGUAUAUUGGCAAUGUGGUAGAAGACUUGGAAGAAGUGAUUGAUGGUGAUCUUGGUGUGACAACUUUACAUGGGGCAAAGGUUUCAAGUAAGGCAAGUGGAAAGAGAAACAAGGGAGGUAGGCCAAAGAAUAAGAAGGAUGUGGUUACUCACUUGACAAACCAGUUUAUAAAUGUCAAGGCUAGUGAGACAAUUGCAGGUGAUAAUCUAGUGGCUGAAAAUAGAAAGAGACCUAGAAUGAAGCAAAAAGCAUGCAAGAUGAAGAAGAAAUCCAGACCAUAUGAAACCAGAUUUAUGGGGGAAAAAAGUUUUGCUGAAGUAGAAGGCAUUCAAGAAGAACCUGAAUCUUCUGAUAGUGAUGAUCCGAAUUUUGAAGAUCUAGUAGAUAGUGACUACGACCUUGAUGAUAAUGAUGAUGAGUUUCUGUUUAAGGCCAAUGCCGAUGGUGACCCUGAUGCUAGUCAUGAGUUCAAUGAAAUGGGAUUUGCGGGUGACAUUUCAGAUGGAGAAGGUGAAGAUUCUGAGAAGUUUGAUAGUGGAACUGAUUCAACAGCAACUGAGGAUGAAGAAGAAAGAAUUCAAAGUGGGCAAAGGAAAAAGAAGAAAAGGUGGUCCAAAUGGAGAGAAUUCCAAAAAGAAGACAUGAAGAAUCCUCAAUUUGAGCUCGGCAUGUCAUUUCCAAAUUCAGAUGUGUUCAAGGAUGCUGUUAGGGUGUUCUCAGUGAAGACAAAAAAAUUGCUCACAUUUAAAACCAAUGAUAGGAAAAGGGUGGAGGUGGUGUGCAUAACAAGUGAAGGCUGUCCAUUUAGGAUUUGGGCUUCUGUUAAUGGCAAAGUUUCACCUACAUUCUACAUAAAGACAAUAAACAUGGAGCACAAAUGCAGUCAGUUGACCAGAAAGAACUAUCAUUGCAAUGCUCCAUUUAUUGCUAAAGGUUACAUCGAUUCUUUCAUGGUAGAUAAGAAUUGGUCAAGGGAAGGCAUACAAGCUGCUGUGCAAAGAGAUUAUGGUAUGACACCCGGUUACCAGAUGUGUUACAGGGCUAAAAAAAGGGCAGCAAGGAUUGCAGAAGGUACAGUUGAGGAUCAAUACAAUCUGUUAGAGUCCUAUGCAGCAGUUCUAAAGAAGACAAACCCUAACACUUCAGUGUGGAUUGAAAGAGAUGUAAAGGGUGAAAAUGUUAGAAGGUUCAAAAGAAUAUACAUAUGCUUUGGUGCUAUGAAGAAGGGAUGGAUAGAAGGCUGCAGACCAAUAAUUGGUGUUGAUGGAUGCCAUUUGAAGACCGUACACAAAGGGCAAUUACUGACAGCUGUUGGCAUAGACGGGAACAAUUUCAUGUACCCUAUAGCAUGGGCUGUCGUUGAGAAAGAAACAAGGGAAGCAUGGACAUGGUUCUUCAAGUUUCUCAAAGAUGAUUUGUGCCUCGUAAAUGACUACACCUAUGUGUUUAUGAGUGACAAGCAAAAGGGAUAUUGGAGGCUGUGAAGGAGUUGUUCCCUAAUGCUAGUCACAGACAUUGUGCGAGGCAUUUAUAUAAUAACUUUAAAGGAGAUGGAAAUGUUGGUCAGGAGCUUAAGGACUUGUUUUGGGCGGCUGCAAGAUCAACCACAAAGAACCAUUGGAUUAAGAAUCUUGAUUCCAUUCAUUCUAAGAGCACAAAAGCCUGGAAUUUCUUGAAAGACAAGCCCGCUGAGCAUUGGAGCAGAUCACACUUCAAGGUUGAGCCCAAGUGCGAUAUUCUACUUAAUAACCAUUGUGAGAGCUAUAACUCUAAGAUUCUCCCAGCUAGGAAGAUGCCAAUUUUGGGAUUGUUGGAGGAUAUGAGAAUAAACUCAAUGAUAAGACAUGCAAAUCGGAGGUGUGCAGGUCCUAGAUGGAAGAGUAAAGUUGGACCUAGAAUUGAAAAAAUUAUGAAAAAAAAUGCAGAUAGAAGCCAUGAGUACACCCCACUAGAGUCUUCGCAUUUGAGGUUUCAAGUUCAAGGAAAAGGGGUGGCUUGCCAAUCAGGAGUUAAUAGUUUGCAUGAUGUUGAUCUCCAAGCAAGGUCAUGUACCUGCAGGAGGUGGGAACUCAGUGGACUUCCAUGUCCACAUGCAUUCGCUGCAAUAUUCUCCAAGGGUUAUAGACUAGAUGACUUUGCGGAUGAGUCUUUUUCGCUAAAGAACUACAUGCUUGCAUAUGAACCUGCAAUAAACCCAAUCCCUGGUGUUGAUGAAUGGGAGGUUGUUGAGAGGCCCAUUUUACCUCCAAGGUACACUAGAGGACCUGGAAGGCCUAAGCUAUUAAGAAACAAGGAACCAGGUGAGCAAGCACCACCUCCUGGAACAACCAAGUUGUCAAGAAGUUACCAUAAGUCCAUCACUUGUUCAGUUUGUAAAAAAGAUGGCCAUAAUAAGAGGACUUGUCCAAGGAGACAGCAACAAGGCAAUGAUUCCCAAGCUGGCGUUCAACCAUCAGAAACUGAUGAUCAGAGUGUCCAUGUGGAGCAAGCUGAAAAUGUUCAAAGUGAUGUGCAAGUUGAAAGUGAUAUGCAUUAUGGAUCAGUGCAGCAAACUGCAAAUGUACCAACACCCUCAAUUGUUGCAAGUGCUUCAUCUUAACCGAUGAUCUCAUCACCACCUCUACCUCAGUCUUCUUUGCAGCCCACUGUUAUCAGAUCAUCUCAUACGUCCAGGACAUUUGUAUGUCCUAAGACAGGGAUGUCAUUCAAGACCAAGUCAAUAGCACAUAAGCCUAAGCCUAAACUUGUGAUAGGAACAAGCACUAAAUCAAAAGCCCAACAAGGACCAAAGGAGGGUUCCAACAAGAAAAUUUGGAAGCCUUGAACUUAACUUCUAUUUUGGACUUGUCUUGUAGUUUUUUUGUCAGUUGAAGCUGGUCUUACCAACAAUGCAGCUAGAAUUAUGAUUUUGUAACCCAGACUGUUAGCAUGUACUGAAUGUCAUUUUGAUACAACUUCAAAAAUUAGACUGAAAUUGCCAAGUUCAAUCCAUGUUCGUUUUAA